GGAGUGUCGGAUCUCAAGAGGUAAAAGCAGCUGGGAGGUGGCCAGGGUCUGGAGAGAGGAGUUCAUUAAGCCCUUCAGAUGAUCUUCUUCCUUCUUCAUCUCCUCAUGACAUCAGCCACGCAAGGAGGCGAUGCCAUGACUCAUUCUCUUCGAUACUUUCGCCUGGGGGUCUCCGAUCCCAACCAAGGGAUCCCUGAGUUUAUUUCAGUUGGCUAUGUGGAUUCUCAUCCUAUCACUUCAUACAACAGUGAUAGAAGACAGAAGAUGCCCCAGGCCUCUUGGAUGGCAGAGAACCUAGGAUCUGAUCAUUGGGAGAAGUAUACUCAGCUUUUGAAGGGCUGGCAACAGACAUUUAAAGUAGAACUGAGAGCCCUGCAGUAUCACUACAAUCAUACUGGAGGAUUUCACACCUACCAGAGGAUGAUUGGCUGUGAAUUGCUAGAGGAUGGUAGUGCCACAGGAUUUCUCCAGUAUGCAUAUGACGGGAGGGAUUUCAUCAUUUUUGAUAAGGACUCUCUGUCUUGGAUUGCUGUGGAUAACGUGGCCAGACUCACUAAGCAGACCUGGGAGACCAAUCGGAAUGAGUUACGCUAUCAGAAGAAUUGGCUGGAAACAGAAUGCAUUGCCUGGUUAAAGAAAUUCCUGGACUUUGGAAAAGAUGCCCUCCAACGGACAGAAACCCCAUUGCUCAGUGGAAGCUGCAAAAAGUUAUCUACUGGGAUUACAACUCUCAUCUGCAAAGCCUAUGGUUUCUAUCCCCCAGAGAUUACCUUAACUUGGAUAAAAAAUGGGGAACUGAUAACCCAAGAAACUGAAUAUGGAGACAUUCUGCCCAGUGGGGAUGGAACCUAUCAGACCUGGGUAUCACUAGAGAUUGAUCCUCAAAGUAAAGAUCAUUAUUCCUGCCAGGUGGAACAUAAUGACUUCGUCAAGGUCCUCCAUGUGCCAGUGGAGUCAAAGAGUAUCUCUCUGCUUGUAGAAAUUGUUUCUGGGUUGACUGUCUUUGUCUUAUUCCUGAUUGGUAUGGGAAUUUUUGUCUACAGAAGAAAACAAUCAGGUCCCAAAGAAGUCAGUUACAUUGCUACACCAGUUAAAUGAUUGAGAUGCUACCUUCAUAUUCCUCUUUCCUUCCAACGGUCACCGAUCCUUCUACAUAUGGACUGGGGUAUGGUAUCAGAGAAUCAGAAGCCGACCCUCCCCCCCCCCACGGAUAUUGGAAAGAGUUGGCGUGCUACAAUGGAUAGAGGACCAAACUUGGAGUCAGGAAGACCUGGGUUCAAAUCUCACCUCAGAUACUUGCUUUUUAUGUGAUUCUGGGCAAGUCACUUUAACUCUUUGGUGCCUCAGUUUCCCUAUCUGCAAGCUGAAAACUGAGGGGAUUAGACUAAAACUGUGUUUCUAAGAGGCCUUCUUUGAGCUCUAAAUCUAUGACAUGUAAUAUAAUAGACAUUGGGGGGGGGUACUAGAAUUGGAGUCCCAUAAUGAUCUGGUUAUAUCCAAAACUUAGAUCUCUGAAAUACUGCCAGUUUAAGGGUACUUUGAUAGGUUCCUUCACAACACAUGGAAGUUGAGAUGAAUCAUCCUCUGCCUAAUGGAUGUAAUACCUCCCUAGAUCUUCUUUAUCAGUGGAUUUUGAGUACUGUCCUGAGAAUCAUUUCGGAUGUCAUGGCAAAUGUGGAGUUGACUCUAUAAGCAGUGUUGGAAUACCCAGGAUUUUCAUUAUGGAUCGCAGCUAAACCUGUGACUGAGAAGAUACUCCAGGCGCUGAAUCUCCCUGGUUAUAUUGGCCUGCAGAUGGGCACUGGUCAGACUUUGCCCGGCUUUAGCAGUGGGCAUUAUCCCAGCCUGCCCAGAAGAUUGAGUUAAAGAAAAGUUGGGUAAUGCACAGACUCCAUUAUUACUUUCUAUCAAGGCAACAUGGAAGCCUUGAUACAAGCACAGACGGCAUUUUGAGGCCAAAACUCUAUCUGUACACAUUUACCUAUAUAUAACAGAAUCUCACAGGGGCCCAGGUUCAUACUGGGGGCAGUUUUCACAUCUCUGGCUCAUGGCCUCCAGCCAGAAAAUUCAUUCUCUGUUACCAUCCAGGAUACUUUCUCCUCACAGAGUUCACAAAAUGAAAGAAAGAUCAAAGUGAACAUAAAACAGAAUACUUGGAAAUCAAACUGCAUAUUUCAAGAAGUCAUCAUCACCCAAAGGUCUGCAUAUAUCCUCCGUCAUAGGCAGAGCUCGAUGGGCAGGUCCCGUUACUGGCUAGCCUCAUUGGGGUAACCAAGCUUGAUUCUUUCUGUUUUGCAGCUAGUGCCAAGCAUUGCCCUAAACAAAAUUCCUUCUGUCACUGAGUGAUCACCAGCUCUAAGAAGAAGCCUUCCAGCAUGGCCCUGUCUGGCAGUUCUUCUAUAGUCGUGUGAUGAAGCAAUGUUCCACCAGGGCCUUCCUCUCAGUGCUGCUAUUCAUUCAUCUUUGGCACCCACCCCUCCUGCCAAAUUCUGGCCUCACAAGAGUUUGCCCAGCGAGCAGGUUUUGUUUUCUAAGUUAAACAAAAGCCCAGUCACCAACUCUAGGUACAUUAUGGUGAAUAUAUAUCUUGAUGUACUGGAUAGGGCAGUGGAUAGAGUGCUGGGAUUAUAUUCAAGAAAA